AUGAGUGAUGGUUUGAAGGGAUGUAUUACUGCUGCUGCAUCUGCUGCUCAUAGAUUCUGUAGUGACAGAAGUGAGGAUAAUGAACGUUUAUUAAAUCAUCAUUUAAAGGAUCUGAUACAGUUUACAGCUACUGUUGAUCCAUCUGCCAGAUUAAGCAUAAAAAAUUUGCAUCUAUGUGAACUGCUUCAUUACUGUUCAUUAUUGUUAAAUGAAAAUCCCUCUUGGGCAAUUAGUCGUUCACGUUUACAUCUUUUUUUGUUUAACAUUGCCUUUCAUAAUGUUUCACUCAGGAAAUAUUUGGCUGCAGAUUUGCAAAUUUGUGAAUCAGUUUUUGAAUGCUUGAAGUUAUCUUUACAAGAGCAACUUGGUCCACAAAAUCUUGUUGAUGUGUUGCGGUUGCUUCAGGUACUCACAUACGAGCGAAGUGCAGUAUUAGGAGUUUGGACAAAUAGUCUUAUAUCAUUCCUUUUGAGUGAAAUUAUUUGUGAUGAUGAACCACAGUGGCUUCCUUACUGUAUGGCGAUACUUUGUAAUCUUGCAGCUCGAUCAAAAUCAGUUUGCUUAAGAAUAGGAAGAUCAGUGAGUUUAUUUGUCCACUCAUCCUAUAAGGCCUUCAGUCGCAAACUGCUACAGUUGUUGGCUCAUGAUUCUCGAACCGUGGUGAUUGCAUGUCUUGUUCUUGUUGGAUUUUUAGAAGAAAAACUGCGUGAUACGAUAUUUUGUGCUCGAAAUAUUCCUCAAACAUUCCAAUGUGUUUUCAAUGUUUUAAUUUUGGGAGACCAUUUGAUGACACGUUGUAUUGCUGUCGACCUUUUAAAACGCUUAGUCUUUUGUGAAUCCUCUAGUGUGUCAUCAUCUUUAACACUUACGUCUACGGGUAAAGACCUCGCUUCCUAUUCAUAUUUUGAAAAGACCAUUCAACUUGUUGCAACUCUUCUUAUUCAAAUUGAUCCUCGAACAGAAGAAUCAUUUAAAGUGUACGAUCUGUUUUUGGCACUUUGUUCAGUCCCUCAGUUACGAUCAGCAGUUGCGCAUGCAAUUCUACAUUGUCAUUCAAAUGAAGAAAAACCAGCUACACCACUUCUAGCCAUUUGUGAUACGGCGGGUUUGUCUUUCGAUGAAGCCAUUGAGCCCGAAGUUCCUCUUAAAGCUAUACGUUUACUGAUUUGUCUACUGCAGGAGUUGGUUGAAAGUACCGGUCGUGUCGAAGACGUUGUGCCCAUUGCUCACAUUUUGCAACUUGUUGAAAAUAAUGUGAAGACUGCUAUUGAAACAGUCAGUGAUAGCGUGAAAUUUCAGUGCCAAAGAAUAACUGAGGGGUUGCGGCUUGCUGAAAUAGUUUCAACUGAUGAAGAUAUAAGGGUUUGUUUGUUAGAAGUUGUUAAUGCUGCGCUUUGUUCUCAUAUAAUUGAAUCACAGAUCAUUUCAAAUCCUGUCAUAACAUACAUAAGACAGCCGGAAUCAUUGCGUACCGAACCUCUUCCUGAAUGGUGCAAUGAUGGUGUCGCUAUCGUCUUGGAGCUGAUGAGGAUUUUAAUUUCAUUAAAAGACUAUUCUAAAUCACACAAAGAUUUGUACCUGAAAGUGUUGAAGGAUGAUCGACUAAUACCUUUUAUUGCUUAUGCGAUUGCCCAUGGUAAUGCAGAACUGACUCAUAAGGCUUUGCUGCUAUUUGUGCAUUGUUCUCAAUUUCAUACUUUUCCGACAAAAUGGCUCGGAGAUUUAGUUGCAACUUGCCGCAAGAAGAAAAGUAUAGUAUGUGCUUCAAGAGAUAAUUAUUUACCUAAAGGUAGUUCAGAAUAUUGUUUAAAUAUUUCUGUCGACGAUACCUCGACGGUUCAUAAAAAACCUUUGAAUGAUCUCUCGACAAAGGAUGAUAGAGUGAUACAGUUCAGUGAAAUUUCAGAUAAUAUACAUCAAAAGAAUGAAUUACCAGGUUUUGAUACAUUACGUUUAUUAAGUAUAAAUGAGAAGAAAAUACAAAACAUGAAAAAUCGAGAGCGUGAACUGGAAGAUUUGCUGGCGAAAAAGGAAGAAGCCUUGCGCGAAAGUGAACUCCUUCGAAAUCGUAAUAAUCAAGAGAAUGAAAAUGAGAUAGCGAGUCUUCGAGAUGCGAUUGUUGUUUCUAAGAAAAAAAUUGAAGAUUUGGACAAGCUUUUGAUUUCUCUUCGUACUGAAAAGCAAAACGUGGAAGAAAUUUGUGAGAGUUAUAAGAAGACUGUGGAAAAAAAAGAAGAAGAAGUGCUUUCACUUACUGAUGAGUAUGAUUCAUUAAAGAAAGUAGCCCAGGAAAAAAAUGUACUGCAAGAAGAAAACAACAGUGAAAGAGAACUUGCUACAUUAAUGAAGAGUCGUUAUGACGAACUCAGAAAGAACUUUGCUUUAACAUCAAAUGCAUUGAUUGAGAAAGAUAAACAAUGCGCUCAACUUAUGAAUGAACACAAAAACAUGGAACACGAUCUUAUGAUUAAGAAAUCUGAAAAUAUUGAAGUUUGUGAGAACUUAAAACGUCUUGAGAAAGAAAUGAUGGAUAUCAGGAAUAGUAAAAAUUCGGAGAUAAAGCAUCUACAAGAUUUGGUGGAUGAGAAAGUGAAAGAAAUUGAAUGUCUAAACAAAGAACUACAGAAAGUUUUGAAGUUUAAAAGCAAUAUGUUACGAAUGAUGGAUGAAAUUUGA